AUGCCUUUCCCGAUUAUACGCCCAGUGAAACUGUCUGAUGCCGAUCAAGCAGCUUUCGACCGCGAUCUCAAGGAUGUGCACCUCUGCUAUGAUUACCACGUCAAGACUAAGACAGGAUCAAUAGAUAAAUGGCGAUACGAAGUCUGGUAUCCUAGCUCAUCAAGAGUCGUCUAUGCGAUGCAUGGCGGACCAAUGGCCGGCCGAAAGAACUUCCAGACUGCCAGCUACCAAUGCAUCCGUGAGGGCGAGCUUUGGCAAAUCAAUUGGCACGAAGAAACUGGCACAAUUGGCUCUUCUGCAUACGAUAUUACUCGGAAUAAGUACUACACCAUAGUAGCCUUUUCCAAAGGACACUAG